CUUAAGCUCCCCGACUCGAGAGACGCCUCUUUUGUCUCCUCUCCGCCAUUGCUCCGUCCCCUCUCGACGGUAUCCACCCGUACUACAUCCUCAACCUCAUCUCUACUUCACAUAUAUCUUCUCGUUUCCUCCUCUCUUCCAGCAGGUCUCGCUUUCAAUUUCUAGGGUUUCGCGGUUCAGAUCACGAGCUCUUGCUUUCAAUUCAUACCGAUUCAAUCGCGAGCAGCUGCUUCUUCCGGCGAAACCUAGAGAAUCAGUCUCUGCGAUUCUGAAUUUGAGCACGGUUAGUCACUUUAGCUUUGAUUUCGUGGAAUUGAAACUGUCUAUAUGACGGCUGGGAGGAGUAUUAGGUAUCCUGAUCAUGAACUGAGAGGCCGCCAAGAUUCGAAUUCUAGACUUUCGAGGCGUGAUAGUGUUUACUCAAACGAGAGUUAUGAACAGGGACGGGUUAGUAAUUUAAGACACGAGGAUAUGAUUAGGUCCGGAGCUGUUAACAGUAGGGAAGCCUUUGUUGAUCGUGGACCUAAAAGAUGUGGCCUUUCAGUUUCAGCUAGGUCUGUGGAUAGGGAACCGGGUGAGCUCUCUAGUGAGAGUGGCUCUGAUGAGUCUGAAUCUGUGGUGAAAGGUAAUGGAGAUGUGAAGCAGGUGGAGGAUAGAGCUCAAAGCCCUGUAGAGAAGAAGAGAAAGUUUUCACCGAUUGUAUGGGAUAGAGAUGAAAAACCUUUGGAGGCCACCCCUCUUCCUCCCCCACCUCCACUUGUUAAGAGGUCAAGCCAGCCACCUACGGUCAACUGUGAUGGUGACUCUCGUUUUCCUCCGGAACAGAGUAACAUGCGUGAAGAUCCUAAGCAAGUUGGUCUUCUUGAGGUUUCUGCUCCUACUUUGUCGUCUCCGGUAGAGAUAUCUUCUUCGUGUGUGGUGGAACAAUCAUCGAAUGCUGGGAAGGAUGGAAAACAAGAGGAUGCAACGCACCAGGAUGAGGAGGAAAACAUGCCAACAAGGCAUAUCUCAUCCUCUAGGUGGGCUGCUGGUAAUAGUUCUCCGACUGACGAGGGUGAAAUAGUAGAAUUGGAAAUAGAUAAAAGGAGGAAGAAACUACUUCAGGGCAGAUUGCCCAAUAAGUCUUUAACGCCUGAGGCUGGGGAGUCUGUUAGGGAAGGUUGUAGAUCAUCUGGUUCCGAUGAAAGGAGACACCAUUCUUUGCCGGGAAGCAGAGAUGAUUUUGAGGAAAAAACUGCUGUUAAGGGUGACUAUAUGGAAAUAGAUGAGGAGGAACGUAGAAGAGGAAAUGCUAGCGACAGUCUUACUGAAACAGAUUCUGAUGACGAAUAUGUUCGCCAUGAGACACCUGAACCUGCUGGUCCUCCAUUGAGAAGUAUAAACAUGCUCCAGGGUUGUCGAAGUGUUGAUGAGUUUGAGAGAUUAAAUAAGAUAGAUGAAGGCACUUAUGGUGUUGUUUACAGAGCGAAGGAUAAAAAGACAGGUGAAAUUGUGGCAUUGAAGAAGGUGAAGAUGGAAAAAGAAAGAGAAGGUUUUCCGUUGACUGCUCUUCGGGAAAUUAACAUACUUCUUUCUUUUCAUCACCCAUCAAUAGUGGAUGUUAAAGAGGUGGUUGUGGGUAGUAGUCUUGAUAGCAUUUUUAUGGUGAUGGAAUAUAUGGAACAUGAUCUUAAAGCAUUGAUGGAGACAAUGAAGCAGCGUUUCAGUCAAAGUGAAGUUAAAUGCUUAAUGCUUCAACUUUUAGAAGGCGUCAAGUAUCUUCAUGACAAUUGGGUGCUUCAUCGAGAUUUGAAAACAUCUAACCUGCUUUUAAACAAUCGGGGUGAGUUGAAGAUAUGUGACUUUGGUUUGGCUCGGCAAUACGGCAGCCCGCUGAAGCCAUAUACUCAUCUGGUUGUUACGCUUUGGUACAGGGCACCUGAACUUCUCUUGGGAGCGAAACAAUAUUCUACAGCCAUUGACAUGUGGUCACUGGGCUGUAUCAUGGCAGAACUAUUAGCAAAAGCGCCAUUAUUCAAUGGUAAAACUGAGUUUGAUCAACUUGACAAGAUUUUCAGAGUCCUGGGUACUCCCAAUGAAUCAAUUUGGCCUGGAUUCUCCAAGCUGCCUGGAGUCAAGGUCAACUUCGUCAAGCAUCAGUACAACCUAUUACGUAAGAAAUUUCCAGCCACUUCAUUUACUGGUUCACCAACUCUGUCCGACGCUGGCUUUGACUUGCUGAACAAGCUCCUGACAUACGAUCCUGAGAGGAGAAUAACUGUUGAUGCUGCUCUUAAGCAUGAAUGGUUUAGUGAAGUCCCUCUGCCAAAAUCCAAAGAUUUCAUGCCUACUUUCCCUGCUCAACAUGCCCAAGACAGGCGUGGGAGGAGGAUGAUAAAGAGCCCCGAUCCUUUGGAAGAGCAACGUAAGAAGGAUCUAACACAAACCGAACUUGGGUCUGGUGGUCUGUUUGGCUGAAGUAUGGCUCACGAUUGAUGCUCUCAGAUACCUUGGAAUUACCACAUUAAGGCUAGGGCUGCUGCUUAAGCGGAGGUUGGAACGUUUGUAUCUCAGACUAUCAUUUGUACUUUUCUUUACUCUUUUCGAGGGUCCAUGGUGAUUUGUGAAGAUGAUUUUCCUCCUAUCGCCAGCUGGAUUCCUUGCAGGUUUAAUGUGUUCACAAGCUAGGUUGGUCAGUUAGUAGAGCUGCAGCUUUCUGACAGUGCUUGUUCUACAAGGUGUGAAAUGACAAUAAAAACUCAUUCCCUACUGAAACUUAUGUAUGUAGCAGUGUUAUUGAACCGUUUAUUUUUUUCUUACCGCUGUUGAGGGAGAAAACCUAUUCUUUUCACCUACAAUCCUCUUAAUCAACUCGGUGUUUCUUUUA